CUCAAGGCCGCGGGGUUUGGUUGCACACAGGCUGCAGUUUCAGUUUGUUUUAUUCACCAUUUUGAGUAGCUGAAGGUAAAAAAAUUAAGAAUAUUUGCGUGAGGAGGAAAGGUCGCUGCCCUACUUUUAUUUUCACGCUCUUGCUCGGACGGCGGAGUUGUGCGUCAACGAAGCUCCCCCUCGGUGUUUGCAGAGCGGGAAUCUAUAUUUCUUUUUUUCCCCCGUGCUUUUUCUUCUCCCCCUUUCUUACAUCCGUAACCUCUACAGUAUUCCUGCAAAAUGUCAAGACCAGUGAGGAACAGGAAGGUGGUGAACUACUCACAAUUCAACGAGUCUGAUGAUGCAGAUGAGGAGUAUGGUGACAGUAAGCCGAAGAAGGUGCGCACAGCCCCUCGUGAGCCCAAGCACAAGCGCUCACAGGAUGACAGUGAGGAGUCUGAUGACAAGCUUUCAAAAUCCAAAAAUGAUUCAGCAGAUGACUUUGGCAGUGAGGAAGAGGACAAUGACUUUGGAGAGGAGGAAGAUGAGGAUGGAGGAAGUGACUAUGAAGAGAAAAGAGGGAAAAAAGCAAAGAAAGCCAAGGCAGAGAAGCCUGGCAAGAGGGGGCCUAAAAGAAAACGGGCUGCAGAUGACAGCGAUGAUGAAAGGGAAGUGAGUCGAAAGCGUACAGUGCGUCAAGCCGCCUCCAAGGCUGUGUCCAAACAGAGGGAGAUCCUGCUUGGUGAUGGAGGCAGCGAGGAUGAAGAGCACGAGGACCAGGAGGAACCCUACAUGGACCCUGAUGAGUCCGGCAGCGAUGAGGACUUUAUGGUGGAGGACGAUGAUGACAGCGACUAUGGUCACUCCAAGAAGAGAGGCAAGAAGGUGAUUCGAAGGGGAAGACCGGAAAGGAAGGAGAAAAAGAGCCCCAAACCCCGACUAAAGGCCACAGUGACCCCCAGCCCAAUGAAAGGAAAGGGGAAGGGGCGCCCCAGUGCCAAGGCCCUGGAGAAGAGCUCACCCAAAGAAGAGGAAGAGGAGGAGCCAGAGAGUCCCCUGGAGGAAGAAGAGGAGGAGACUGAGAAGAAGGAGACGUCCCCUGCCCCCAAGACGACAAAGGAGGCCGGUGGCGGAGAUGAGGAGGAGGAGGAGGAAGAGGAGGAGGACGGCUCAGAAGAGGAGGCACCAUCUGGAGAAGACUAGAAGAUGGUACCCCCAGAAGCCCAUCCUCCAUGUCUCUCUCUUUUUCUCUCUUUUUCUCUCUCUCUCUCUCUCUCUCUCUCUCUCUCUGUCUCUUUGUCUCUUCUCAACGAUUUUUGUUUUCUUUUGUUGCUCUGUGUUCAAAUUUUUCCCCUUUUUGUUUUUUUUUUUCCCCCCGGUGGCCUGGCUCAAUGGUUUGGACUUGGUGUGCUUCUCCCCUCUUCAAGCAGGACAUUGUUCUCAUGUGAAAAAAGUGUCUCUGAGAAUAUUUGUUUUUCUUUAAACACCUGAGUCACAUUGUUCAGCCUUACCCACCUUCAUGUCUUCAUUUCCAUUCUGCAUUGUAGCGUUAACCCGGAUAAAAAUCUGCCUUUUCACAAGCUCAGAGCUCGUAACAUCCGUCCUGAACAAACCAGUACACUUUUCUUUAUUUCCUCCUGUAAUAUUCAAAACGACUGCCACACAGUUAUUAUCCUGUUUAUUUUACUGAUUACACAUGGGAAGGAUUGUUCUGAGCUUCUCUGUAUCAGUAACUAAAGCGCUGUAAACAUAAAGCAACAUUUACUCCACGUGGCCGCAGCAUUUACCCUCUCUUUGGUACUUUCCGCUUUUAAACCAGGAACAUGUUUUAACAGGGCAGCAGAAGUUUGACAACUGUUUAAAAGCAUUUAAAUCUAUUAUGUCAGAUAAAACAGUAUUUUUUAAUUUCUUUUUAAAGGUCACACUGAUUGUUUCAGACUUUACUGGUUUUCCGAACUGGUUUAUGGUGGAGAACAAACAGCAUGUGAAAAGGCGUCCCACAUGUAGGGGCUGCUUUCUAGACCCGUUCUUGCAUAUAGAGGUGUGAUCUGUAGAUUUUCUGAGUGGUGUGUCACACCUGAUUGUUCACUACAUUUCAAACCGCCACUAUCAAACCUUAAAUCCAGAUUGUGUGUUUUUAUUUACUCUUUUAAAUGUAUAUGCUUCAAGUAGGGGCACAUCCUAUAAGAGGGCUUUUUUUCUGUUAGCUGCUGAUGUGAAACGGUUUCAGUUGUCUUAUGUUGGGCUGAUGCACCGCAUCUAGUGACGCACAUUUUUUAAACACACAGUUCCCGCCUUCCUGCAUGGCUGCUUCAAAAUAUUCAAGCCCUUGUGCCAGGCACCCCAAAAUCUUUUUUUUUUUGUUUUGUUUUUAUUUGAAGAAAUGCAAGAAGAGAUGUUCCUUUUUUCUGUCGAGAGUUAAGAAAAUGAAUGUUGUUUUUUCUCCUGUUGGUUCAUUGUUUUAAUUCUCUAUUCAGAUUUUUUUUGUAAUGUUUGUUUUUUAAGAAAAGAAAUAAAAUGUAUCUUGAUUUUAAAGAAAAAAAGUUGGCCCUAUCCGAUCUGUUCUGCCUGAUGGUUGGACCAGCCAUCCUCCCCUUAUCUCCUGUCCUUUCACUCCCUCUCUGUCCCUCUCCUUGUCCCAUCAGCUUAACUGUUAGUAUUCAUCCAUCUGUUUCUCUGAGCCUUCUGUUCAUCCAUUACUAUGUCAAAACAGAUACGUUUGAAUUUAGUGAUAUGAAGCACCGAGGCUCAGAAACGAUUGGGAAAAAAAAGUAGGCAGCUCAGUAAAUAUCUGGCAUUCAUUUGUCUUUUAAUGCCUUAAUUUCCAUUGAGUUCAGUUUCAGUCGUGGUUUUGAAAACAUUGUUGGAGGCCUGAGAAUGUAUCCUGUCCUCAUGUUUUAGGGCUUUGCUGCAAGCAGCAAGGCGAACUCAACACAAUUCAACAAUUUGUACGAUCUGCGGAGCAUCCAAAGCCAUAAACGAUCUCAAAACUAGUGACUCAGAGAUAAGGUGCAGCACUUAUGAGAUUGUCCUUUUUUGCAAUGAGUAGUAUUUUGAUGUCAAAAAAGCAUACAAGUAAAAGGCUGCUAUUGUGAUCUUGGGAGCAUAAAUCUACAAUUUGUUAGUCAGGAGAAAUUCUGAUGCGUCCCAAGGCUGCAAUACAAACAAGUCCUGGAUGUGUCCAGGCGACCCUUGAACCUGUAGUUGGUUCAAAAGCACAUUCAAUAGUUUAACAAGUGUCCAUUAGCAGGUUAGUGUGUUUUUCUACCUUCAGGUCCUGAAUUGGCAUCCGAUCCUUUAAUAUCAUUUUAAGAAGAUUGGAUCUAAAUAAGAAAAAACUUGUUUAUACUUGUCUUUAGCUCAGAGAACACUGAAUGAAGUAGGAUAAGAUACUAUUCUGUAGUUCAGAGUCGAGGGCUUGAACGAGGGUCCUCUCCAUCAUCCCACAAGAGGCACAUGGCAUGGUGAAUUUCUCCUCUUUCAUCCAUUCUACACUUUCUUCUGUUGUACUGUUUUUGAUGUUUUUUUCUACCUUCAGUUGUACUGGCGAUGUAAAUGUAAGCCAAGUUGUGAUUCUUACAGCAGACUGAGAGGAGAAGCUUUUUGUCAGUAGUGUGGAAAAGGAACGCUGAACUCUUGAAUCUUUUGCAUGUUGUGGAAAAGUGCGAAGCGAUUAUGAAAGUGAUACUGGUGAUGGCAAUAUUGUGGUCUGACAAACAAAAGUAUUAACAACAAUGAUGUUGAUAAUGUUUUGGUUUCCCAGCUUCUAAUAAAGGCAACCUACUUUUUA